AAGACAUGCAUAACUGCACAUGUAUAUAAACUAUAUAUUCCAUGUGUAUAUAUGACUCUAAAAAUGAUGUGGGAAGUAAUAUAGCCUACGUGUGUUACCAUUUUAAAGUUCAGCUAUACGCACACCAUGUUCCAAAAGGUUUGAGUAAAAGGAGCUUAACUGCGGUUGCCAACCACUUCCUCUUCUCUGACUCUCCUUCACAGUUAUACUCCAACACUGAACAAUAAACUCUCAGUCUGUUUGAUGGUCAUCAUGUUUCAUCCAAACCAAGCAGCUCUGCUCUCAUUAUUAUUUAUGCACGGGGUCUUUGCAGAGGAACAAGAAAGCAACCACACGGAUGAAGAGGUGUCCAGGGGAGGCUCUGUCAUUUUUACUUGCAACACAUCAAGAGAGACUACAAAACAAAUCAACUGGAGCAAAGGCAGAUUUUUUUUUUCUCAUUCUAUGGAAGUAAAUAAGACUGCUUCAAAUUUAACCUCUGACAGACUGACAAUAGAUCUAUCUUCAAAGCUGAUUAUUUCUAAAGCUCAGGAAGAUGAUGAAGGACUAUAUACAUGUCUUUUAACUGAAACUAAAGGGAAAAAGAUUUAUCAGUGGAAUUUAACCGUGUCUGACAAAUCUGAAGAGGAGAAGUCAUCGGGGUAUUUCCUAUACAGUCUCACAGCUGGGAUCGGAGUGGUACUGUGUUGCAUCAUUUCAGCCACAUGCCUCUGUAGGAAAUGUAAGGCCAAGACAGCAGACCAGAACCCAGUCCAGGACCAGUUUCACCAGCAGUCAGCUGGAGAGAUCCCUCAACAACAAAGUGGUACAGGCAGGAGGACAAAUAACAAGCGGAGGAGCGAGUACAUGGAGAGGCUCAACUCAAUCUAUGAUGCCUACUGAGCCGUCUUUCAAAUGAAAGACAAACAAGUGACACAUGUAAUUCAUUUUUACAGUUUUAAACCAGGUGCUUACAAGUUUUAUAUAUAUAAAUAUAUAUUUAAAGUUGAUGUGCAAUAGGCCUACGUGAAUUAAUAAAAAGUAGCCUAUGUUAACAUUAAAAA